UGAGAACAUACGGUUUUUAUUACCAUGUAUGUCCAUACUUGUUUGACAAUAUUGUAACUUGUAUCAUUAAGACAUUAAUUAUUUAUAUUGUUCCUCUAUUACAUUAAAUCACAGCAUUGACCAAUAUUACAUUGAACACACAUAUUUAGUUUUAGUGAAUACCUGAUGUCUUGGGGUCAUGUUUUCACCAAUAGGCAUAUUAUACAGGAGUUAGAAGAUGUAGUUACUCAUAAAACGAGUGUCUCCGUAUUUGUAGCUUUAUUCUAUUUGGAGAUGCUUUAUAUUCUCUUAAUGACUCUAUCCAUCUUAAAUAGACUUAACCAGAACUUAUCUUGGUAAAGAGAGCACAAACAUGUAUAAAAUAAUGUUGGAAACACUUGUAUUGGAUAAAAUACCAGGAAAAGAAAAUAUUUGUGUUAAACCUAAGCAUAAAAUGUAUGACCAUCAAAUUGAUGGUGUAAGAUUCCUAUUUAAAAAAUGGAAAAACAAGUCACAAAUAAAACCAUCAGAUUACUGUGUACUGAGUUUUCCUCCUGAACAGGGCAAAUCUGUUACAGUCUUAUUAUUUCUUUAUGCUGUAAGAACUCAUCUGUGUUAUCCAAUACUGAUACUAUGCAAAGAUAAUGAAGAAGUGCUGAAGUGGAUGAUCAAUUUAAAAAAAUGGACUGGUUAUAGAGAAGAUGAUAUUGCUAUAGACCCUAACAAAGCACUGAUAAAUAAACAAAUAUUUAUAAAGAAAUAUUCCGAUGUUUCAAAAUUAGGGCCUUUCUUUAGGCGCACCUGGAGUAUUGCUAUAAUUAAAACUGAUGAAUUUGUCUCUCUCCCACUUUUUCAUCAUGUAGAAUUCACAAUAUGGUUAACAUCUUCUGAUCUGACUAAAAAUGUAAGUUUAUUAAAAAGUAUGCACAACUGGAUCAUGCCAAAGGUGGAAUUUGAAAUGCACACAGAAAUUGUACCAAAAUGGAAAAAUGAAAUACUAAAGCAUUCAAUGCUGGAAACCUUUGUAUUAAUAAGGACUGCUACUUCAUUGAACUGUCAGGAUAAGGUAUCAUCACCAUCUACAGAACGUAAAAGACUUAAAAAUAAAGACGCAACGGGACUUAAGGUUAAACGCACAAAAAAAACUACUGAUGGUAAUAGUCGAGGUGUAACACAUGAUAAAAUGGAUGUUGAAACAUUUAUUAGAAAUGAAAAGCCUGUCCGAUCACUACGUAAAGAAAUUGAUGAGGAAUAUGAUUUUGAUAUUGAAGAUGGCAAUGUAAUAAAUAGGGUGGAAGUGUUAAAAAAUAAUGUAGUACAUGGAGAAAUUAUGGAAAGUACCUUAUAUGAAAGCCUCAAAGGAACUAAUAACGGUAUUGAAAGUGGUUAUCCUGCCCAAGAGAUAAAUAAAAAUGCCACAGACUGUGAUACAAAUAAAAAAAUUGACGAAGAAGUACCAAAUCGAAUAGUAGAUAUUGGAAACAGUUGUAAUAUUCUGAAAGAAAACAGUGAAAUGUCCACCGAAAGCAAUAUAAGUGAUAUUAAAAAUGAUGAGCUAAUUAAUGAUUUUGAAGCAGCAACUAACGAUGUUAUCAAAGAGACAUUUAAUAUCGCCACAGAAAGCGAUACAAUUGAUAAAAUUCAAGAUGUAUUUAAAAUUCCGGAAGAAAGGGGAAAGUCUGAGGAAGUUACUGAACAAUCACAUGAUAUUCUUCAAGAAAAUUGUGAAAUAUCUGAAAGUAAUACCAGUGACAUAAAACAUGACAAAUCCAGUGAAUUAGAAGCAAAAAUUGUUGAAGCAGAUGUUGCCUGCACAAAAAAUAAACCUUUUACUUAUGAUUCAGAUCUAGAUACUAAGUUUAAUGAAAUGCAAGAAAAGGCAAUGAAAAAGUUCAAAGGAUCGUUCCUAGAUAGUAUAUUUUAAUGUCGUCUCUAAAGUUGUACAUACCGUUAUGUAAUUCUUCGUGCAAUAUAUAUAUUUAUAUUUCCGUAGUAUAUAAGUCCAGUUCUCAAUGUAGGUAUAAUUUAUUUUAUAUUUAUUAUAAAUGUGUAUAUUGUUAUUUUAUUUAUUCAAAAUAAAAGGCUAUAAUUGGA